AUGUCGACUGACAAGAUCACGUUCCUGACCAACUGGCACGCCACGCCGUACCACGCCCCGCUUUACCUCGCCCAGGCCAAGGGCUUCUUCAAGGAAGAAGGCAUCAAGGUUGCCCUCAUCGAGCCCAACGACCCCAGCGAUGUCACCGAGAUCAUCGGCAGCGGAAAAAUCGACAUGGGCUUCAAGGCCAUGAUCCACACGCUCGCGGCCAAGGCACGCGACUUCCCGGUCACGUCGAUCGGGUCGCUGCUCGACGAGCCCUUCACGGGCGUCGUGUACCUCAAGAGCAGCGGCAUCACGCCCGACUUCCGCACGCUCAAGGGCAAGCGCAUCGGCUACGUGGGCGAGUUCGGCAAGAUCCAGAUCGACGAGCUGACGCGCCACUACGGCAUGACGCCCGACGACUACACGGCGGUGCGGUGCGGCAUGAACGUCACCAAAGCCAUCACUUCGGGCCAGAUCGACGCGGGCAUCGGCUUGGAGAACGUGCAGAUGGUGGAGCUGGAGGAGUGGCUGGCGGCGCAGGGGCGGCCGCGCGACGACGUGCAGAUGCUGCGCAUCGACGAGCUGGCCGAGCUGGGCUGCUGCUGCUUCUGCUCCAUCCUGUACAUCGCCAACGACGCCUUCCUCGAGCAGAACCCGGACAAGGUCCGCCGCUUCCUGCGCGCCGUCAAGCGCGCCACCGACUUCGUGCUCGCCGAGCCCGAGCGCGCCUGGGCCGAGUACGUCGACUUCAAGCCCGUCAUGGGCCUGACGCCCGUCAACCGCAAGAUCUUCGAGCGCAGCUUCGCCUACUUCAGCCGCGACCUGCAGAACGUCGACCGCGACUGGCAGAAGGUCACCCGCUACGGCAAGCGCCUCGGCGUCCUCGACGAGAGCUUCGCCCCCAACUACACCAACGUCUACCUCGAGUGGGCCCUCGACGCCGACUCGGUCGACCCCACGGGUGACCAGAAGCGCAUGGCCCAGCUGCAGAGGGACGUCGCUGCCAACGGCGGCUUCCACCGCAUCGACAAGGCCAUCCCGCCUCAGACCAAGGCCAGCGCCUGA